CGCGGUUUGCGUCUAUUUACUCCAUGCUGGAGUGGUUGCUGGCUCUGCAACACACUUUGCAGGGCAUGAUGUGAGGGGAGGACUCGCAAGCUUUUGCUUCCAUCCCAUGGUCCGCCGACGUGUACUACAUGGUGAGUUGGGUAUGGCGACAAAUCAAAUGGGAUCCUUCGUGGAAGAGGAUCGCCACCAUCGUCCAUGUCAUGGAGCCCGUCAUGCAGUUGCUUAGGCGGAUAAAUCGUGGAGGUCAAUUCAUGUCGCUUGUGAUCAAGUGGGCACACGAUCUCGGUCACCGUGUGAAGGACGCAUGCACUCCUUUGGGCCAGACCUUCGCGGACCGGAUCAUUAGGCGUGUGCAGGCCCGCGCACAGCACAUGCUUGAGCCGGACCACUGCGCAGAGUUCUUAUUGAACCCCCGUAGGCCACAUGUUCGUUACUUUUCAGGCAAGGUGGCGGUGUACCCUGCUUGGCUUGUGAGACAAGCCAAGAGGUUUAUUCUGACGCAGACUGGUUUUGAGUUGGAUGGUGCGGAUUACAUCGUUGCCUGUCAGCAGUUCGAGGACUUCCACAUGCAGCAGGGCAGGUUUGGUGAUUGGGGCGGGGCAGAGGGGCGUGCUCGUGGGCGAGCAUGUAGCGGUAACAUCGAGACGAUCGAGUGUGCGUCUUGGUGGUCCUUGUUUGGGGUGGACACGCCAGAGUUGCAGUGGUGCGCUCUCCGUGCGAUGAACAUAUGGUCUUGCGCUUCUCCAAUGGAGAGGAACUGGGCGGAGGGUGGCCACCAUGCCACCACGGCUGACAAGCCGGGGGCAGCCCGAACGGAGGAGAUGGGAGUAGGAGGAGUGGAGGAGAUUGGACCACGAGUGUUGGACGAGGAGGUAGCAGCAGCAGUGGAGGAGGGGGUCGCGGCAGUAGCAGCAGUGGACAAGGAUGUACCAGCAGCAGCAGCAGCGGAGGGGGAGGUAGCAGCAGCAGCAACAACGGAGGAUAAGGUAGCGGCAACAGCAGUGGUGUCGGAUGUUGCCAUGGAGCACAAUGGUGCGGACUCCACUGAGGGUGACGAUGGUUCCGCCUCCACCUCCUCGGCGAUCGGCUCCACAGGAGAUCGAUCUCCAUUGGAUGCAGAGGAGUUGGCGGCGGCCGCUGUGUGCGAUGUGACUCGACUGGACCGACUGGUAUUUGACACAAGACUCCAGCAUCCCUCGUGGCAGAGGAUCCCUUUAGUUCCAUGGGCCCCUGCGUCAUCGGUAUGGUCCGGGUGUACCUCGACAGGAGGAUGUAGCGGGGCAGAUGUUUCAAGGGUUUCGGGGGGCCUGCAGGAGAGAGCGCCCAGGACGGGAGACAGACCACCCCCUCCUCCUAGACCGCGUGAGAAGGAUCCAUCAUCGUCGCCCACCGGCCAGGGCUCUCGAUCCCCACAGACGUUCGGGAGAUCGAGGAUUUGUAACACGACACCGGGUGGGCGGGAUGUGCAUGACACAACGUUAUUCGGGAGGACAGACAUAGAUUUGCAUUCCACCCUCCGUGUCACGGAGCUUACUGCACGCCUUCAGCCAGGUUUGGGAAACCGCGGUGCCAAGACGACCGCAGCGAGGGAGGUUGCAGCAGCAGGUUGUGAGCCCCAACGGGGUUGCGGCAGAGGAUUGUCCACCUCGACCUUGGACCACGCUUUGAGAGCAAUGACGCGUGUUGUGCAUGAGCAGACUCCACGCAAGCAUGAAGUGCCUCGUCCAGGCCCCGUGCCUGCAAAGAGAGGCGCUGCACUUGGAGAGUCUUCGGGGCUAAAGGGAUUGGGGAUGCCUCGUGGAUCCCUCAGGAGACGAUUGCACAAGCCAGUACGAGGGUUGUUUAGGUAAGGAAGGGAGGCGGCCCUGUCACCAUAGAAGAGGACCAUCCUGAAACGGCUCCGUCAGUGCAAGAAGAUGAGGAGUAUGAGGGUGAGGAUGAGAGUGAGGGUGAGGAUGAGAGUGAGGAGGAGGAGAGUGAGAGGGGCGAGAGUGUCGACGACGACGACGCCGAUGAGCCCCCACCUCCUCCACCAACACGUGUUUCGAUAUGCGCCACUGCGU